CCACAAGGUGAAUGCAACAUUCCACAAAAAAGAGAAAAACAUGCAACAGGUUGUCACUCAGUAAAUCAGACACUGAGUUACUAACUAGAUUCAUCAAGAUGAAAUGGCCUAGUGUCCUAUUCUGGCUGAUGUUGACUGGGACAGGAGGGGCGAAACUCCUUCCUCCUGAAAGAUCCUACAAGAUCCUCAUGCUCCUUCCUAUUGGAAGUAGGAGCCAUAGAAAUGUCUUCAUGCCCUUGGCAGAAGCCCUUGCAGAUAGAGGCCAUAAAGUAGACAUGUUGACCAGCUACGACAUCCAGCACCAAAACCCGAACAUCAGAGAAAUCCCUCAUGGACUUCCCCAUUAUCCGAGAGCUACCAUAAACAUGUUCAGUGAUGCAAACACAGUACUUGGGAUUUUUCAUACGCUCGGAGAUAAAAUGCAGAAGAUGGCGAGAGAUAUUUAUCAAGUGCCACGUGUGAGGGAACUCUACAAGAAGAGGAAGGAGUAUGAUGUCAUUGUUGUUAAUAAUCUGUUUAAUGAGUUCAUGUACCCAUUUGUACACGAGAGGCCAUUCAUUGCCAUGGCAACAGCUGGCAUGGAUCCCCGACAAAGUGCUGUCCUUGGAAACAUACUUAGUCCUGCCUACGUGCCCACUUUAUUUUAUGAAUCUAAUUGUGGACAUGUUUUUGGACGACUUGCCAAUGCAAUUGCAAGCGUAGUAAAACCCUUUUACUGGAGAAACUGGGAGAUUAUUCCUGCAAUUCAAAAAGAGAUCGACGUGCACUUCCCAGACCUUCCUGCCCUUCUAGACAUAGAGAGAAAUCAGAGUCUUGUCCUUCUGAACUCCCAUUUUUCGAGUGGCUCGUCUAUGCCCCUUUUACCUUCCCAAGUGGAAGUGGGCGGGAUGCACUGUCGACCUGCCAAACCUUUACCAGGGGGCUUAGAGUCAUGGAUUGAAGGAGCAGGCUCAGCAGGGGUAAUAUACUUCAGCCUUGGUUCGGUUACAAAAGGGAAUACAUUGCCUAACAAGUACAGGCAUAUGUUCAUCGAAGCCUUUUCCAAAUUAAACCAACGGAUUCUUUGGAAAUUUGAAACAGACCUAGAAAGAACUCCCGGAAAUAUCAUGAUUAGCCCCUGGCUUCCACAACAAGAUAUUUUGGGUCACCCUAAUGUGAAAGUAUUUAUAAGUCAUGGAGGGCUUCUCAGUUUGCAAGAGACUUUGUACCAUGGAACUCCUAUGGUUGCACUGCCCCUGUUUGGAGAUCAGCCUACAAACGGAGCAAGAGUUGUUGCUAACAGCUGGGGUCUGUCUCUAAAUUAUGAGGAUUUAUCUGUAGAUCUCAUCAUCAGUUCUCUAGAAGAAGUUAUCAACAAUACAAAAUACAAAGAAAAUGUAGCGAAGACUUCAAGGCUAUACAAGGACCAGUUGAAUUCUCCAGUAGAACGAGCAGUGUUCUGGACGGAGUACGUCAUACGUCACAGAGGAGCCCCUAAGUUGAGGUCUCCUGCUGCGAGCCUGUCAUGGGUGCAACUUCUCCUGCUGGAUGUGUUGGCUUUGUUCCUCUUGGUUAUCAUUUUGUCUUUGAUUAUUCUCCACUGGAUUUUCAAGAAAGUUAUAGGUGUAGUUUUGGUAAAAAGGAUUUGAAGAAAAAAUCUGAAUAAUGCUACACCAACAUUUGUUCAUGCUUUUUCAAUAUAUAUGCGCCAUACACGCAAUACAUAAAA